CGCAUCCGUUCGCCUCCCCAUUGACGUCACUCCGGUAUCACAUGAACGAGUAAGGACCAAUCCACACGCAGCCCUAUCGAAGCUCUCGGUUCCUCCACCGAGAUAGGGAGGAAAAAAGACAGAAAAGGGAACCAUGAUUCCGAGCAUCUGAAGAACAAAUAAAACUGAACACAGUGUGGAUAUUGUACCUUGUUAUUGUUUCGUAUUCGGAGCGGGAAGACUGGAAUAAUAUGCAGUGGAGAGAGGCGGAACGGAGACGGCAAUGGCUCGAACAUAUUGAAUAGCUCGCGACGCUCAAAGGAAAGACAUUAUACUUCAUCGAACCUUCCUCAUCUCGACGGGCUUUAUUUAAUGGCUUCAAUCCUCGCAGUCACCGACCCUUGUCUUUUGCGUAGCACCGUUGAGGUCGAAUCACGGUGGAUCGCGUGAGCAUCUAUAUGCCAAACACCGGAACGAGCAUUAUUCGGCCUCGAAAUCAAAAGACAGCCACCUGAUCUGAUUCAACGCCGUCGAUUUUCGCUGAGGGGGAAAAUGGAUUUUAACGGGAGCGGCGGUGGAAAUGAGCUGCACAACAAUCAGUUUUAUCCGUCCGAAGAAAGUAAGCCUCUGCUGGGGGACAUAUCCACGCAGCAGCCGCCGCCGGAGGGGAAUAAUAAUCACAAAGCGGGGCCCUGCAGCAAGAGGAGCCUUCUACACAGCAGCAGUGGCAUGAGAUACAAACUGCUCCAGGAGGGGGACAUCCAGGUGUGCGUGGUCAAACACCCGCGGACCUUCCUUAGUAAGAUUUUCACCUCCAAAUAUUUACGGAGGUGGGAGCCCCACCACCUCACCUUGACGGACAGCAGCCUGGUGUCUGCCACGCCUACAGGAUACAUGGAGGCCCCUCUGUCUUACAGCACUAUCGAGGACCUACAGUUGCUGUCCUGGGACAACGCCCCCAAAUACUGUGUCCAGCUAAGCAUCCCUGGAGGGACAGUCCUCCUGCAGGCUGCUAACAGCUAUCUGCGGGACCAGUGGUUUCACUCUUUGCAGUGGAAGAAAAAGAUCUACAAAUACCGCAAGGUUCUGAAUAACCCGAGCCGCUGGGACGUGGUUCUGAAGGAGAUCAGGGCCCUGGUGGAUAUGGCCCUCAUCUCACCCCUGCAGGACGAAUCCAUCCAUCAGGCCCCGCUGCACAUCAUCUCCACCCUGCUUGCUGAGAACACUAACCUCAGCGCUCAGGAUCACGAGAACAUAAUUGUGGCCAUCGCACCCUUGCUGGAGAACAACCACCCUCCCCCUGACUUGUGUGAGUUCUUCUGCAAGCACUGUAGGGAGCGUCCUCGGUCGAUGGUGGUGAUUGAAGUGUUCACUCCUGUGGUUCAGAGAAUCCUCAAACACAACAUGGACUUUGGGAAGUGCCCCAGACUCCGUCUCUUUACUCAAGAGUAUAUUUUGGCUCUGAAUGAGCUUAACGCUGGCAUGGAAGUGGUCAAGAAGUUCAUUCACAGCAUGCACGGUCCCACCGGACAGUGCCCUCAUCCUCGGGUUCUCCCCAAUCUCGUGGCGGUCUGCCUAGCUGCCAUCUACUCUUGCUACGAAGAAUUCAUCAACAGUCGGGACAACUCUCCCAGUCUCAAGGAAAUCCGAAACGGGUGUCAGCAGCAAAGUGAGAGGAAGCCGCCCAUGCCUUUGCGCCUGCUGCGGCCCGAGCCGCCCACGCCACCCACGACUACCACCCUGUCCCCGCCCCCGGCCCUGCCCCUCUCACCACCACCUUCCAUCAUCAAUUCCAGCGAGAUCCUGGUAGAGCUGGAGCGCAACAACAACACCACUAACACACUGCACAAGGCCCCCCCAGAAGGUGACAGCGAGCCCAACCUGAUUGACUGUCUACUGGUCAGCCCCGCGCUCAAUGCCCUGUCCAUUCAGCUGCCUGCUCACGCUGACAGAGUGCUAGGAUGUUUCGCCCUCAUCCUUAAAAUGCUAUCAGACUACGAUGACUGGAGACCAGCACUGGCCAGCCUGCUUCAACCAAUCCCCUUCCCGAAAGAGGCCCUUGCACAUGCCAAAUUCACAAAAGAGCUGAAGUAUGUAAUUCAGAGGUUUGCUGAAGAUCCCAGACAAGAGGUCCACUCCUGUUUGCUCAGUGUGCGCUCUGGAAAAGACGGGUGGUUCCAGCUCUACAGUCCAGGAGGCGUAGCUUGCGACGAUGACGGAGAACUGUUUGCUAGCAUGGUCCACAUCCUCAUGGGCUCCUGCUACAAGACGAAGAAAUUUCUCCUGUCGCUGGCUGAAAAUAAACUGGGACCCUGCAUGCUCUUGGCCCUGCGGGGGAACCAGACCAUGGUGGAGAUCCUGUGUUUGAUGCUGGAGUACAACAUCAUAGAGAACAAGGACACUCAGCUACAGAUCAUCUCCACCCUGGAGAGCACCCAGGUCGGCCUGCGCAUGUACGAGCAGCUGUGCGACAGACAGAGAGAGCUUAAAGAACUGCAAAGAAAAGGAGGCCCUACUCGACUCACUCUGCCAUCUAAAUCAACGGAUGCCGACUUGGCUCGUCUGCUGAGCUCUGGUUCCUUCGGCAAUCUGGAGAACCUCAGCUUGGCGUUCACCAACGUCACCAGUGCCUGUGCUGAACAGCUCAUCAAGCUGCCAUCCCUCAAACAGCUCAACCUGUGGUCCACCCAGUUUGGAGAUGCUGGGCUCCGUUUGCUAUCGGAGCAUCUGGCCUGUCUGCAGGUUUUGAACUUGUGUGAGACUCCAGUCACUGAUGCUGGCCUGCUCUCCCUCAGCUCAAUGAAAAGCCUGUGCAGCCUGAAUAUGAACAGUACUAAACUCACGGCGGACACAUAUGAAGACCUGAAGGCCAAACUUCCCAAUUUAAAGGAAGUGGACGUUCGCUACACAGAGGCAUGGUGAACACAUCAUCCGAACACAACAUAAUCAAGAAGCAAGGACUAUGUUUAUAGGAACAUCAUUCAAAUGACAAGGACCUUCUGAUAAUAUCAUAAACACUCAAGAAUCAUCUAGUGUCUCAUCCGAGGAUGCUCUUCGCAGCGGCAUCAAAAUGCAAGAGUAUGUCCCGUGACAUCAUCAAACAGCACAGGAACCUUUCUAAAGACAUCACCAGGGGACUUUUUCCUCUAUCUCGUUCUGACCUUUAUCUCAGACCCCCCCAGAGGAACCGUGUCCCUCGUCUUAAUCCAUAACUGGCGUCCUUUUUGUCCCCCUGAAGACAUCAGACCUCCUGGAUACUUUUCCCCUGUGCUACCAGCGUCUGCUCAAGGCCUGAAUAUUCAGAGCCACAUUCCAGUACAGUUUUGAUAUCACUUCCUGUGUGGAAAGCCAAUUUCCACAUCGUUAUUUUUUUUUUCGUUUUCGUUUUAUGUUACAUGUGUGCUUGGUCCUCUCGGUUCAGAGUCCAUCAGUUUUGCAUCCUCACGGGGAUUUCUGGUGUAAAAUGUGUCUGUUAACAAUAUUCACGUUCAUCUCUAUCACUCUGAAAAUCUUUUUUUUUUAUCAACUUGAAUAAGCAUAUUUUUCCAUACACUGCUUUCAUAUAAGUGUGUGUUUGUAAAGAAAAUCAACAUAUCUCCCUUUUUAAUGCGGACUUUUCAGGGGCUUUCCUCAACAACAAAAAAAAGUUCAUUUUCUUUCCCUUCCUCUUCUCUAUUCUUUUUUUUUUUAGCCACAUUGUACAGUAUAAUUUUUAUUUCACACCCGUAUUUAAGAGAACAUCGUCCAGAAAGUAGUCUGGGACUACUGUGUAUUUAUGAGCCCCACUUUCUGGUCUUAAGUACUUUUGUCAAGCAUACUGAACCAAGAUGGUGCCUAAGACUUUUUCUGUAAAGAUUGCAUCACCUAGCAACAUCAGCUAAGUUGUACAUAGAUACAUGAUGAACUUUUAAACCGAUUAACAGGCUUUAUUAUUCUCUGUAAACUUCGCCUCUAGUGGUCGAUAGGAGUCCACCAUAAUUUUCCUGCCACAACGGUUGACAAUGUUCCGCAUAUUUAUAUCAAAUCCAGCCAAGAUUUGUGCUGUUUAUUAAGGCUUUUUAUUCAGUUUAACUUUUUUAUAUUUCAUCUUUUCCGGCUUUUGUGAUCAGCGUCUCUCCAGACAUAUAGUUCAUGACCACUGUAAUUAGUUACAGUAAAUAUCUUGACCAGUAGGGCAUCUUGUUGGGGGGAAAAAAGACGGUCUAAAAUAAAACGAUCAAUUUGCCGUCUUAACUUAAAUUGAGUUUUCUUUGUUUACAAAGCGUGUCUGCCUCUACUCACACUUUGAACUAAAUCCAGACAGAGUUGCUGUCCCGUCCAUGUGGCCGGUCUUGACAGUAGCAGUUUUCAGUAGUUCCAGAUGUUGUGUGUGUGUUUGAUUUCACACAGAUAUAGAUGCCGUCCAGAGGUGGGGGGCGUUCAGAACUAGGUGCCAUAAUGGCACCAACUCGAGUUCUGCCAACUUGCAUAGUUACAUACUGUAUAAUGUACAUAUGAGUGUAUAUAAUUUCCCAUUUCUCUUUCUCUCAAGUUUUUGGGAGACUCUUUGUUGCCUUUAUUUUUUUUUUAGAUGUGUGCAUACAGUCACCUAUUUUUGUUCCCUUUCCUGCCUCCAGACCAAGUGCACUGUCAUUGUGUUUUUGACUGUAUGAUAAGUUUAAUCCAUUUUUGUUGCCUGUUUUGUUUCUUUUUUUGCAUGUUUGCAAUUUCAUAUAGAUUCAAAAUAAAGGGUAAAAUCACUAGGCCCCUUCAACCACUUACCGUAUGGAUCAGUACAUGUUUUUUAAAAGUGAAAGAUGGACAGAGUUAGUGUGCGUGUCCGAUGUGAACGGAUGGAAUAUAUUGGGAGUGUGUUCUGAAGGUGCGUUCGUGAGCGGACUAGAAACUGUGCCAUUCUGUACACACUGGUGAAACUCAAGCCAUGGUCAGGUGACAGAUACAUUGUAAUGGUCUUUAGUCCUAAAAGCAGACCAUUUUUCUCUGUGGAAGGAAGGAUACGAGGGGGCUGGGUUUCCCCCAGCCUUCAUUUUGUUCAGAAAUGAUUAAAAAAGCCAGCUCUUAGAAACGAUGGUUAAUUUGUUGAAGUUGAAAUCCAGUUUAUACUUAAGUUUACUGUUUCCUGAUCAAUUUGUAACAUCCUGUGGAACUCGCUGUGCUAUUUGAGUUUCCAAUGUCUCAUCAAUAUUAUGCCUCAUUUAUUUCAGCUUUUUUAUUUUUGUUGAAAAGCGCUUUUUUUUUUCAAUGUUGUAUUGAGACUGAGUCUUAAUAUGAUGUGGGUGGGGUCACAGGUGUGUACGUAUAGAAUGAACUACGUUUCCCAUGACUCCUGGAGUUUUUUGCAGAUACAACUGCUGCCCUUAUUUCUUCUGUGUUUUUCUGCUUCUAUCUACAGCUGGGUUGCUGCUGCUGCUGCUGCUCUGUGGCUGUUGUAAUGAGAACAGGAAAACAAGCCUAAUAUGUGAACCAGUUUCAAUCAGAAUAAACUGUCUGUGAAUAUGUUUCAAAUAGAAA